GAGAGGGGGCAUAUUCAGGAGGGAGGCGUGAGCUCCUUCAAGGCAUGCGGACUGACUGUUUGAUGAUAUAACGGCAUAAAUCAUUGAGGAUAAAGAUAAGUUGGAUAGCCCUGAUCGUUACUUGACAGGUACUGCAGAUAGUAAACCGGGGUGGACCGUCAAUGGGGGAAAUCUUUCCCGUGACGUUUUCUACCGUGUGCUGUUGAAUGUCAAGGCGGAGACAAAGUGCCCAUCGAAGACGGUCAGCUGUCACCCGUGGGUUGGUGGGGACAUUAAUAUCUUUGCAUGCUGCAUGUUCCGCAGCGAACGAGCGUCUCAGCGCUAUAAUGAAGAGACCCUACCCGUCACCCCUGACUGCCCCUUGCUCCCUUUAUUUCGUGUCACGUUCCCUCCUCUCGGUCUCUCGCCUUCUUCGCAGCUGCAUCCACUCUUCCCCUCCCUCGGGUGCUUCUCUACACCCUCUUAUAUGAUUUAGGGAGCAGGUGGCACCUACAUCAAACCGAAACAGCGGUCUCCACUCGCACUCCUCAUCGGACAUUGGUAAGGACGGCACUCGUAUUGGCGACCACAGGAAACCCUGCACAACUCUCUUUUCAACUGCGUACCCCAAUCAAACUCUGCUUGAGUCUGUCUUGGGCGUUAUAUACGACGUCUCGGGUCGCAUAGACGCACAAUAGUGCGCUGUUCUCUCGCACUUUCGGUUUCAAGUCGAAGGCCGAAUGUCUUCUCACUUCUCUCCGGACCCCUCUCCUCCUGAAUCUACGAUCGAGAUGGUGCGAGGAGGUCGUGUCUCAGGCAAGAUGACUACCACGCUCAGAACAAUCGUGCACCAUGUCAAGAAACACGCUGGCGUUGGCAUUAUCAUUGCGGUCGGCUACUUUGACCCGGGCAAUUGGAGCGUUGACUUGCAGGCCGGAUCCACGUUCGGUUAUAGGCCUAUGCUGUUCGUCAUUCUGCUUGCAGGUAUUAUGGCAAUCAUCCUCCAGGUCAGUCCUUUUCUAAGUGAAAUGACUGAGCGAGACGCUCAUUUGAAACAGAUUCUUGCGGCACGACUGGGUUCUGUUACUGGACUAGAUCUUGCUACACAUUGUCGGAUAUGGCUGUACAAGCAUCCGAAGCACCCUAAGCUUAUCCGUCGCUGCGUCCUUUAUCCCCUUUACGUACUCUCGGAAAUCGCCAUCAUUAGCACAGACCUCGCAGAACUGCUAGGCUCGGCUAUCGGGCUGUGUCUUCUGUUUCCUAAGCUUCCAAUAUGGGCUGGAGUGCUCAUCACUGGUGUUGAUGUGCUCAUCUUCCUGAUCGUUGGCGAUCCUACUAGGAACAGGGGUCGACCCGUACGGUUCUUCGAGAUUGUCAUGGUCGUUCUCGUGGCCAUCGUUUUUAUCUGCUUCGUGAUACUGGUCGUCAAAGUGAGCCCGAACUGGCCGGAGGCGUUUUAUGGGUUUGUUCCCUCGGACAAGUUGUUUCAGAGCACUCCGAAUGCUCUCUAUAUUGCUAUCGGCAUCAUUGGCUCUACGGUCAUGCCUCACACCCUAUUCCUGGGGUCGUAUCUCUCGACCCAAGACAGAGUGGAGGUAGUGCCAAUACCCUUAGAGUUACCCGAUCUAGACAAGCUGUCCUCUUCAAGGGCCAACUCGCGCUUUCGGCGAUGGUGGCAGCUCUUCGAAGCCCAAUUUAGGGCUGAGGAGACAUCGGAGGAGCGUAAAGCUGAGCUUCGGAUCAGGCAUGGACAUAGAGAGAACAACCCCCUAUCGUUCAUCAAGGCGCACAUGAAACAUGGCCUAGUUGAUAUAGUCAUGAGCUUGCUUGCUGUUGCUGUCCCGAUCAAUGCUGCUAUCGUGAUUGUGGCCGCAACAGUAUUCUACGAUCCCAAUACCCUAUCUGACGGGAGCCUUUUCAAGAUGCACACUCUUUUGGGGGAUACUCUCGGAAAAGGGGCGGCUUUCAUGUUUGCGUUAGCGCUUGUGUGCUCGGGGCAAACUGCGAGCAUAACUGCAACGUUCGCGGGACAGCUUGUUUCGGAGGGUUUCAUCCAAUGGCGGAUAUCUCCUUUCUUGCGUCGCCUCAUCACCCGCCUACUGAGCCUUAUCCCAUCUAUGAUCGUCGCCAUCUCAUCGGGCAGGUCGGGCAUCAACAGGCUCCUCAUCGCGUCCCAGGUGGUGCUUUCCGUGGUACUCCCGUUCGUCGCGUUCCCGCUAAUUUACCUUACGGCAUCGCGGAACGUCAUGUACGCUAAGCGGGGCUCGGAACAUCCGGAUCCGAGCCGAGGCAGUAGGCGAACGCCAAUUAAAGUUCGAUCGGAGGAAAAGAUAGACUUUAGCAAUUCGUACAUGAUGACAGGCUUCGCGUUCUUGGUGUGGGCGGUCGUCGUGGUUGCGAACGUGUACGUCAUCGUGAUGCUUGGUAUGGGCGAUACAGGUCAAUAG